CAUCGCCCGGCCCCGAUGGCCCCCGAGACCCCGGCCCAGGGGCCUACCCCGCGCUACUUCACCUGGGACGAGGUGGCGCAGCGCUCGGGACGCGACAAAGAGCGGUGGCUCGUGAUUGACCGGAAGGUGUACAACAUCAGCGAGUUCACGCGCCAGCACCCCGGGGGCUCCCGGGUCAUCAGCCACUACGCGGGGCAGGACGCCACGGAUCCCUUUGUGGCGUUCCACAUCAACAAGGGCCUUGUGAGGAAGUAUAUGAACUCUCUCCUGAUUGGAGAACUGUCUCCGGAGCAGCCCAGCUUUGAGCCCACUAAGAAUAAGGAGCUGACUGAGGAGUUCCGGGAGCUGCAGGCCACGGUGGAGCGGGUGGGGCUCAUGAAGGCGAACCCCGUCUUCUUCCUGCUGUACCUGCUGCACAUCCUGCUGCUGGAUGUCGUUGCCUGGCUCACUCUUCGGCUCUUUGGGACAUCCUUCCUGCCCUUCCUCCUCUGUGCAGUGCUGCUCAGCACAGUUCAGGCCCAGGCUGGCUGGCUGCAGCAUGACUUUGGACACCUGUCCGUCUUCAGCACCUCUACAUGGAACCACCUGCUACAUCAUUUCGUGAUUGGCCACCUGAAGGGGGCCCCUGCCAGUUGGUGGAACCACCUGCACUUCCAGCACCAUGCCAAGCCCAACUGCUUCCGCAAAGACCCGGACAUCAACAUGCACCCCUUCUUCUUUGCCUUGGGGAAGAUCCUCUCUGUGGAGCUUGGGAAACAGAAGAAAAAGUACAUGCCAUACAACCACCAGCACAGAUACUUCUUCCUGAUUGGGCCCCCAGCCUUGCUGCCUCUCUACUUCCAGUGGUAUAUUUUCUAUUUUGUUAUCCAGAGGAAGAAGUGGGUGGACCUGGCCUGGAUGAUCAGCUUCUACGUCCGCAUCUUCCUCACUUACGUGCCGCUGCUGGGACUGAAAGGCUUCCUGGGCCUUUUCUUCAUGGUCAGGUUCCUGGAAAGCAACUGGUUUGUGUGGGUGACACAGAUGAACCACAUCCCCAUGCACAUUGACUACGACAGGAACGUGGACUGGGUCUCCACCCAGCUCCAGGCAACAUGCAAUGUCCAUAAGUCAGCCUUCAAUGACUGGUUCAGUGGCCACCUCAACUUCCAGAUUGAGCACCAUCUUUUCCCCACGAUGCCUCGACACAAUUACCACAAAGUGGCUCCCCUGGUGCAGUCCCUGUGUGCCAAGCAUGGCAUAGAGUACCAGUCCAAGCCCCUGUUCUCAGCCUUUGCCGACAUUGUCCACUCACUGAGAGAGUCCGGGCAGCUCUGGCUAGAUGCCUAUCUCCACCAAUAA